ACGAGCUCCUCGGAAAAUGGCCAUGAUCAGGCAAUUCAGGCUACCUGGCUGAUCAUUAGUAUCAGGUGCAUUAUUUCUCUUGGGCUCUAAUUCCUCGAUCCUGUAUUGUACGCGAAGCUUCAGGGGGGAAUUACUGGGCUAUCGCGAUGCAUCCCGUUAGCCUCGCGGGUUCAGUCGGCGCGUCUGAAACAGCGCGAUCGUUCCUCGCCACGCCAACACCCUCGCAACGCGCUCGUCGCCGCAAUGCCUCGCGUUCCUCUCCGCAGAGUCGCAUUCAGACGCACAGCGUCGCUGAUCGUCGCGUAAACUCGCAGAUCGCUCGUACCGCAUCCCCGUCAGUACCAGCUCUGCAAUUGCGAUCCACUCGUCCACGUCAGCACCUCGCCGUGCGUGCAGCGGCUGACGGCGAUGUCGGAGCGGAUUAUCCGACGUCUGCAGAGGCGGUCGAACUCGCGGCGGAGAAGCCUGGCGUGUCAGGAGGCCCUCAGGAGCCCGCGAGCCCGUCCUCCAAAGGAUCAGCCGCCGUUGAGCCUAAUGCGCGCGCCAAAACCUCUAGUAGCAGCAGCGGCGGGGGGGGGUCGUCCGCGCUCGAUAAGCUCCGCGAGCUGCUGCGGGCGGCGGAGGCAGAGCUGGAGAAGGCGAGCGCGCGGACCGUUGAGACGGAGGAGGAGGCGCGGAGGGUGGCGGAACGCGCCAUAGAGCUGUCUGACGUUGUCGCCAAGGCGGAAGCGGCGGCGGAAGCCGCGCGGGCGCAGAUGGAGGCGGAGCUGGCGGAGGAGGCGCUGGCGCAGGAUGCGCUGAGGCAGGCUGACGUGGCGUUUUACCAGCAGGAGGAGGCGCUUGCGGCAGCGGAGGCGCAGCUGCAGGCGGCGGGUGGGGGGAUGGCGGAGCAGGGGGGGCAGGAAGGUGAAAGCCUGCGAUCCAGCUUAGUUAAUUCCGUCCAGGAGACGCGGGAGGAGCUGGGGAGGCGGGAGGCGGAGCUGAGAGCGCGGAGGGAGGCAGCAGCGGGGGCGACUGAACGUAGGAUAAGGGCACAGGGGGAGGCGGCGACGCUGGCGGCGGCAGCGGGGGAGGCACGGGCGCAGCGGGCGGUGGCGUUCGAGCUGGAGGCGCGGCAGAGCGUGGCGGAGGCCGCCAAGGCGCUCGCGCGGGCGGAAAAGCUGGUCUCUGACAUCGCCAAGGCGGAGGCAGAGGCAGCGAAGCUAGGGGCGGAGAAGGCGGCGCUGCUAGCAAGUGAGGUGGCGGGGGUGUCGGCCGCGCUGAGGGCCACGGUGAAGGGCGGCAGGGCGGCGGCUGGCAUGCCGACCACCGACUCCGAUAGCGACUCCGACAGGGACUCGACCAGGGGCCCGGAUGGCGACUCAGACAGGGACGAGGGCGGUGACUCGGGCAGUGAGUCCGACCGCGAGGGGGAGAGUGCGAAGGACGGGGCGGCGAGGGACGGUGUGGCGGAAAAUGUUGCAGAGGCUGUGGUGAAGGAGGGGAAGGGGAAGGGGAAGAAGGGGGCGAAGGUUGGAGGGGAGGAAGCGACGAGGGUGGAUGGAGAGGUCGGGCGGACUGGGGCGGUGAGUGAGGGGGUGAAGGAUGCGAGGAAGGAGGGAAAGAAGGGGAGAGUGGAUGCUGACUCGGUACCUCAAGGCCGAGCAGAAACCGGUGCUGGAGAUGGGAUCAAGGGUGAUGCAGGGGAGGCGGGAGCAGAGGAGGUCGAGGAGGUACCUGCUGCUGCUGCAGUGGCAGCAGCAGUGCCUGGCUCAGAUGAACCCGCUGCCGUUCCUCCCGCUUCCCCCUCCUCCCCAUCAUCCAAGUCCUCCUCUUCUUCCUCCUCCUCGUCGUCCAAGAAGUCAUCGCGGUUCUUCUCGGCGUCCUUCUUCUCCGCGGACGGCCACGAGGUGCAGGACGCGCUCAAGUGGGUGCGCACUGGGCUGCCCUCGCUGCUCACGCACCUGCCCAAGCUGCUGCUCGCGCUCUCCGUACUUCUCUUUGGCGGGUUUGCCCUGAGAGCGCGCAUGGCGCACAGAGCAGCGGUGCACACGCCCCCCGCCACAGUGGUGCAGAUGGAAGCCGUGCAGGGGCAGGGGGUGGGUGCAGCGCAGGGGGGAGUGGGAGCAGGGGAGGUGGGAGCAGCGCUCGUGCAGGAGGGUGUGGAGGGUGCAGUGGAGGGCUUUGUGCAAGCAGGGGCGGGGGCGGCAGGGGGACAGCUGCAGGCGCGAGGGCGUGUGGCGUCGGCUAACCCGGUGGUGUCGGCGGUGCAGUCGGUGGUGGGGCGAGUGAAGGCCCUCAUUGACAAACUGCCCAGACACGAGCCGAACGAGGAGGAGACGCAGCUGUUUGACGUGCUGUGGCUGCUGCUGGCCAGUGUGGUCUUCGUUCCCAUCUUCCAGAAGCUGCCAGGAGGCAGUCCCGUGCUGGGCUAUCUGACAGCGGGUGCCUUAAUCGGUCCCUAUGCGCUCUCCAUCAUCAAGCACGUGCACGGCACCAAGGCGCUCGCUGAGUUCGGCGUCGUCUUCCUCAUGUUCAACAUCGGACUGGAGCUGUCGCUAGAGCGCCUUCGCUCCAUGCGCAAAUACGUCUUCGGACUCGGCUCCGCCCAGGUACCAGCCAUCGUCAUCGGCAACGGCCUCGCACUCUCCUCAACUGCCGUUGUACUCCAGGUGCUGCAAGAGCGUGGUGAGAGCACGUCCCGCCACGGCCGAGCCACCUUCUCCGUGCUGCUCUUCCAGGAUCUAGCGGUGGUGGUGCUGCUCAUCCUCAUUCCGCUCCUCUCCCCCACCUCCUCCAAAGGGGGCGUGGGGCUGGGAGCCAUAGCAGAGGCGCUAGGCGUGGCAGCAGUGAAGGCUGCAGUGGCCAUCUCAGGCAUCAUUGCGGGCGGCAGGCUGCUGCUGCGGCCCAUCUACCGCAGCAUGGCGGAGAACCACAACGCUGAGAUCUUCGCCGCCAACACACUGCUCGUCGUGCUCGGCACGUCCGUGCUCACUGCUAGGGCGGGUCUGUCCAUGGCGCUGGGUGCGUUCCUUGCGGGCCUGCUGCUCUCAGAGACUGAGUUCGCUCUGCAGGUCGAGUCGGAUAUCAACCCGUAUCGUGGGCUGCUGCUCGGUCUCUUCUUCAUGACGGUGGGCAUGUCCAUCGACCCCAAGCUGCUGGUUGCUCGCUUCCCCCUCAUCCUGGCGGCCAUCGCCAUCCUCAUCGCCGGCAAGACCGCCCUGCUCGCCGCCAUGGGGCGCCUCGUCGGCCUCUCGCCCGUCGCGGCUGUGCGCACCGGCCUGCUGCUGGCGCCUGGGGGGGAGUUUGCGUUUGUGGCGUUCGGGGAGGCUGUCAGCAAGGGCAUCAUGAGUCCGCAGCUGUGCUCGCUGCUCUUCAUCGUGGUGGGCAUCAGCAUGGCCAUCACGCCAUGGCUCGCAGCGGUGGGGCAGCUCAUAGCGUCGCGCUUCGACCAGCAGGACGUGCGCUCACUGCAGCCGCAGGAGGCAGAGACUGACGACCUGCAAGGCCACAUUAUCAUCUGUGGCUUCGGCCGCGUGGGUCAGAUUAUAGGCCAGCUGCUCUCAGAGAGGCUCAUCCCCUUUGUCGCUCUCGACGUCAGCAGUGACCGCGUGAGUGCAGGUCGCUCCUUGGACCUGCCUGUCUACUUUGGCGAUGCUGGCAGCCGCGAUGUACUCCACAAGGUGGGCGCGGAGCGGGCGGCAGCCGCUGUCAUCACCUUGGACACCCCCGGCGCCAACUACCGUGCGGUGUGGGCGCUGAGCAAGAACUUUCCGCACGUGAAGACGUUUGUGCGUGCGCACGACGUGGACCACGGCAUCAACCUCGAGAAGGCCGGCGCCACUGCCGUCGUGCCAGAGACGCUAGAGCCGAGUCUGCAGCUCGCUGCUGCCGUGCUCGCCCAGGCGAAGCUGCCAGCAGCGGAUAUCGCUGCCACGCUGGACGACUUCAGAAGCCGACACCUGGCAGAGCUCACAGAGCUCUCUGCGCUGAGUGGCUCAUCGCUGGGCUACGGCUACUCCAGCAACCUCAUGAGGGCCCGAGUCGCAGAGGCAGCAGGAGCCGCAGGAAGCAGUAGCAGUGCACCAGCCACUAGUAGCAGCAGCAGCACUGCGGUGGAGGGAGACGGAGGUAUUGAGGGGCAGGCUGUUGCAAUGCCAGCUUGAAACAUGCUACCACCCAGCUUGUCUUGCCAUUUAUUUUCUGAGGAAUCCAAAUGAUGAGUGUAGAAUCCUUGUGACCCUCUGCUUCACGUCCUUGUGACACUUACAAGAUGUUUGAUUUUGGCACACACUGGUAGUUACACGGUACACCCCUUGUUCAGCCAGUGGUUUCACCACACCAGUCGUAAAUGUGGUUACAGUCUCAGUACUAGUGCUUGUGGGUGCUCUAAGCACAUACUGAAGCAGCCAGGCCCUUGUACGCGAACCAGUAAGGGAGCAAUUUUGAAACAGGCCAUGUCAUUAUAUCCGUGCU